UUACAUCAAAUUAUGACAAGUUGUUAGAAAAGUAGUAUAUACAUAUUCCUUGGCACGGGCCUUAAAUUGCAUCUGAAGUGCAAGAAGGAAACAAAUUAAAUAUUCACUAGGGCGGAAUACUAAGGAAAACUCAAGCCACACACUGAGGAAAUCAAAGUAGGAACAACUAAAACUUGUUUAAAUAAGUUUAGAUAAAUCCAGUAUUGUUUAAUUUGCUGAUGAACUUAGCAGUGAUUGGCCGAAAGUGGGAAACCUAACCUCAUGUUCUAGAAAAAGAAUCGCCAACAAAUUUCAAGUAAGCAGUGCCUUCUGUCAACUCGAAUGUCAUUUGGAAUUGCCUGAGCUCUAUUCAGUUUCGUAUACCUCCGGAUUACACGUACUAACGUUUGAAAAAAAAAAAACUAAAAUUCCAAUCAAAAUGCCACACAAAAAAUUUCCCAGAAUGUCACAGGCGCAACUCAAACGUUUGAUCAAAUCACAAAAUCAGAACAUAGCAAAGGCCGCGUGUAUUUUGGAACCCCCAAAAAUUAUACAGCAGCCGUCGAUGAGGCAGUCCAUCAUUCCACCGAAUCCUGCUUAUAGCAAGAAACAGGGCAAAAAUGCGGCUCGCCCAAAUUCCGAGCGAGCUGGAAAGGUGCCAAUGCAGGGGCUGAACCACGUGGUGCCGGAGGACACUGUGAAACAGCAUAAUCAAUCUAAGCAGAUGCAACGCAAUCGAAGGAAUCCAUCGUCGAAGAUGCAACAAAAUGGCAAUGAAGCAUCCAAGCAGGAGAAGCCCAAUCAGCACGAGGACAAGAGCCGUCCCAAGCAGUUGUAUUCAAGCGUUGUGGCCAAUAAGCAAGACGGGCCCACCGCAGUGAAUGCUCCUCCACCCAAGGAGGGCUCAUCUGUCAAUCAAAUUGGAUCGUGUUGUCAUCAUGGCAAUGUUUCGGGCGAAAAGCAGAAAUGUCCGGAUACCAGCUCAUCAUCCGCCACGUUCACUUGGCCCAGUCAAUCGGUUAAAAGCCAGGGGUUUUUCGGAACUAGCGAUUCUUCAGCUGACCCAUUCAGCAUGCAGAAUCUGAAGAAGAUUGCCCGGGAUUUCUUCUCAUAUCCGGAGUUUCAUCCACCGGAGGCCAGCGAAAACAUUGCCGCUGCCAAUGGCUCCAAGAAAGCUGAGCCCUCGAGGACGAAAUCCCAGCCGGGUCUCAACUCUUCGCCGAGAGGCUCUGCCUUGGGUGCCGAUAGGUCGGGCCAUCCUCAAUCGAUUGCGGGUGGAACGAAUUCUCGCCGGAAGGAUUAUCCAUUGGAGGAGGCCUUCAUGACCGUAAUCCGCAAUCUGCGCGAAAAUUAUCCGGGCAAUGAUUCGAUUUCAUCUUCAAAUCGCCCGAAUAUCCAAUUUGAUAACUACCAAUCGGCGCAAGGUUUCGGCUAUGGUUCCAAUUCCUAUUACAACGCUCAAUCGACAUCCGCUUACGGCUAUCCUCCGACUGGUUUUCCGAUGUCCCAGCAGUCAGGCUUCAUGCCAAAGUAUAACCAAAUGCCGACGGCUAAUGGUUCAAAUUUAAAUCAACCGCCAUUGAUUAGCGAAACUUAUCAGGCCGAAGCGCAGCAGCAUCCUUGCUGGCCGGUAUAUAUUCCGGAAUAUGUUUCGCAUUUUAUGUUCGGUGAGCCACAGGACGCCAAUGCCAGCUGCUCUCGUAAUUCAAACCACGGCAACAAGAUGUAAAAUAGAAUCCGGAGGGAAAUCGGAAUAGUGUAGCAUUUAAAAAUCUAUUCAUCAUUCAACACCAUUCGAAAAAAAUUGCUAAUGUAAUACACAGACCAAUUCCGUAAUCCUAAUCAUUUAUUUUGCAUCUAUGUAUUAAUAAACAUUUGUAAUGUUAC